AUGAUGCCUCCACUUCAGCUUGUUAUGUUUAUAUUCGGGACGUUCUCGAUGCUAAUUUAUGCUCUUAUAUUACUGAGUAUUAGAAGACUAAGAAAACAUGAGCCGUUCCUGCAAGGGUCAUUUUUUUGUCUCUGUGCGACAAAUUUCUUUGCUGACGUGUUCUUUUACCUCGAAUUCACUGUGCUUAUGCGAUUCCGGAAAUACGGAUUGCUCAACGAAUUCUUUACUACAUACUCACAGUUGCUAACAGUGGUGCCUCCGAUAUCUAUAGGAUUACAUUACUACAUAAAGAUGGUUGUGUAUCUUGGGGAAAUUUCUGUAGCUGCGAAUCGACUCACAUCAGCUAUGAGGCCGGUUAGCUAUGAAAAGAUUUGGAAUCCAUGGUUUAUAUGGCAGUAUGUGGUUUAUGCAAGUCAGCACACUUUGCGUCUAGAGACGGAUCCGGAGUCAACCAAGGUAUUGGCUCUCGUCGACAUGGUCUCCUCCACAUCCGCAACGAUUGCUUCCCUAAUCAUGUAUAUUUCUACAGUUUGUAGAAUUCGACAGCUAUUCCGUAAACAAAUCACGAAUGGAAAUGUUCAGAGCAAUUCAAAUGACUGUCGGCUAUUGCUUUCGGCUCUUAUCAUGUUCCUUGUUUACACUCCAAACACAGCAAUGCAGGUCCUUACGAUAGCGUUUAAGGACAAGUUAUCGCAAGUGAUGUUCGUCAAUGAUUUAUCAUAUCCAGUCGUUGACAUGAUGUAUUCGUGUCCCCCUUGGGCUCUUCUUAUAACUUCUUCAAAAUUACGAUUACGACUAUGGAGAGGCACGAGGAAACGUUUAACAAAUAUUAUGUCAACGAAGGCAGAAACUCCUGCAGCCGCUCCGUCUUACGAAAUGUGUCGCUGUCGAAAUGUGAAGGAUCUAAGGCUGAGUUCUAGUGACAACAACAAUGCGUUCGCCACUGAACAACGAUUUCGAGUUGCUACAGCAGUUUGCCCAAUACAAUUGUCAACGUUAUCCAAACAGGACCGCCAGCCACAUCUAUGA